UCUCUGAACCCAAUAAAAUUACCCAGUACGGAUUGGCAGACAAAACAAAUCAAUAAAAUAUUGAUUUUUCUUCAACAAAAUUACCACCCUCUUAAUUUCAUAAUAUAAUGAACGAAAAUUCAUCAUCCAAGUGCCGGUUCAGAGACUGGUGUGAUGAUGGCACAGCCAAUAAAUUGCCUGUUAAAAGAAUUGCAACAGGAAAAAAUCAAGCUACUAGUGGAACAACAAGGUUUGAUUUUGAGUAUGGAGGUGAUCAAAUUAGUAUUGAUGAUUGUAUCCAUCUACAGAAUGGUUAUACUGAACCAUUGCCUCAACAGUUUCCGAGUUAUGUCGAACCUCUUUCGGUUUAUGAUCCUCAUGCUUCUGCAGGUUUCUCUCCUGAAUAUAAUUCUUCUGAAGAAAACUGUUCUGAUGGUAAAGCAGAUAACUCCGAUUUUCAAGAAAAUGGCCAUUUAGAUUUAGACGACACAACUGAUGAUAUUCCCAGUUCGUCCCAGUUUGAUAUUGCUUCAUCUUCCAAUAAAGAGGUGAAGAUUUCUCUGAGUCGUAGUUCUUACAGAAACCGUUUUUUCCAAAAGCAAAAUAUCAAUACAGUUCUAAGAGUGGUGGAAGAUGAAUACCGCAGAAUGUAUAGAAUUCAGGAUCCUGGUUUCUCCUUGUUGAAGAUGAUGGAAAGAGUCUGCGACUGCUUCUUGGAGUCUGAAGUUAAUUCCAGAAAUGGGUCUCUACGCCGAAAUUUUGAUUCAACAAAGAAACCGGGUUGUAAAGUUGGUGCGAAAGGUGAUAACGAUCAAGGGAAACAUUCAACAAAACAUAACCACUCAAAUGGAAUAGCCUGUCACCCGAACAUUGUUCAGGGUUUGAGGGCUCUCAGCCACAUGGAUAGUUCAACGUCCUCAUCAACUUCUGACCCUGCUAAUGGUGAAAGUAAGAAAGUGGUUAAGGUGGAAGCGUUGAAAAACCGACAAUCUAUAAACUUGCACAGUAUAAAGGCUGUUGUUGGAAAGAAACACCCGAUUUACAUUCAAGAUAUAGCUCGAGGAUUAGAAAAAAUGCGGAUUCCCUUGGUGAAUGAAUAUGGUGCUCUAGAGUUGCCAAACUUUCUGUACAUAAAAAAUAACAUGGUUCAUAAGGAUGCUCAUAUUGAUUUUUCACUUGCUCGUAUAUCGGAAGAUAAUUUCUGUGGACAAUGUAUUGGAGAUUGCCUGUCCUCAGCUUUGCCCUGCGCAUGUGCUGGAGAAACUCGCGGUGAAUUUGCUUACACACAGGAAGGAUUACUGAAGGAAGAAUUCUUGGAUGAAUGUAUAGCAAUGAGUCGCGAACCUGAAAGAAAAUACUUCUAUUUCUGUGAAAUCUGUCCGCUACAAAAUGACCUUUACAGUAAAAAGAGCAGGAGAAUAAAACCAUGUAAAGGUCAUUUAAGCAGGAGAUUUGUAAAGGAGUGCUGGAGUAAAUGUGGGUGCAGUAAGAAGUGCAGAAACCGUGUUGUUCAAAAGGGCAUACAAGUGGCUUUGCAGGUAUAUGCAGCAGGUGAAGGCAAAGGGUGGGGUGUUCGUUCUGUAAAUGCAUUGAAAAAAGGCACUUUUAUAUGUGAAUACAUAGGAGAAAUUGUGACAAAUCAAGAACUUUAUGAUAGAAACACAGAGAGGGCUCUUAAGCAAGAGAAACAUACAUACCCAGUACUUCUAGAUGCAGAUUGGGGCUCUGAGAGGAUGCUAAAAGAUGAAGAAGCUCUUUGUUUGGAUGCAACUGAGUUUGGAAAUGUUGGCAGAUUUGUCAACCACAGAUGUCAUGAUCCUAACUUGGUUGAGAUUCCUGUGGAAGUAGAAACACCAGAUCAUCACUAUUAUCAUCUUGCUUUCUUCACAUCUAAAGACAUUGAACCAAUGGAAGAAUUGACAUGGGAUUAUGGUAUUGAAUUUGAUGAUAAGUAUCACCCGAUCAAAGCCUUCAAAUGCAAAUGUGGAAGCUCAAAUUGUCGUGACAGGACAUAGCUGUAUGUGUUGAUCUAUCCAUUAAAGAUGAUUUUUGAUUUUGCGGUUUCGGAUUAGCGGACAUUUACAUGAGAAGGAACGUAUCAUUCCACUGGUGUUCCACAGCAAGUAAGGUAAAUACUAUAGAGAUGUGAUUGCUGGGAAAGUAUUAACAUUCCGUAUUCACUUUGGAGUUAGUUUAGUCGGUUUAGCUAUUGAUCUUUCAUUUGAUCGUAAUAGUUUAAGCCAAGUAAUUCCUUCGGAUUAGUUCACAAAUUUCUAUAUUCUUCUUCUGUACAGCUUACUAAUUAGAGCUAGAAAUCCAAAAAAUCUGUUUCAA